AUGUCAGGAAAUAAAAAACGUGGUGUUAGAAUUGUUAGAGGUGGUGGUGGAGGUGGCGGUAGACCAAGAGGUGGUGGAGGUGGUGCUAGACAAGCAGCCACUAGAAAUAGAUUUCAAGUUGUAACUAAUAGAAACACCUCUGAUUCAAUGUCUGAUGAAUAUUCAAGAAUUUGUAUUAGUGGUUUACCAAAAACUGUAGAUAGAAAUGAUCUUAUGGAGUAUCUUAAACUUAAAUCAUUUAAACCAGGUAUCAAUUUUAAAGGUUAUGAAUUUAGAAAUGGUAAUUUAUUUUUGGGUGUAGAAAAUACAGAGGAUAUUCCUUCACUUAUUGGUUUAAGUGGAAUAAGAUAUGGUGGUGUUAAAGUUUCGAUUUCACAAGAAGAUAAAAACUCUGUUAGACAAAACAGACAAAACAAACCAACCCAAAGAGGCCAAAUUAGAACGUUUACAAAUAAUACCGAUAAAAUUUCAAACACAAAACAAUUAAAGAGUAUUGAAGACCACGUUAAUUCCUCUUAUGUAGACAAUGCAAAUCAAGAAGUUGUCGAUUUUUCAUAUCUUCACUCCACCAAAGAUAUUAAUUUUAACGACAUUAAAACAUUCAGACAAAUUUUCCGUGUUAUUUCAGAAAAAUGUUUAAAGGCAAAUACAGUUUCAUUUUCGCAUAAUAAUAUUACAACUUUAGCUCCAUUUAGAUUUAUGAUUAAAUAUUCGUUGGAUCAUGUUAUCAAUUUUAAUUUCGAUUCAAAUAAAAUUAGCGAUAUCAAUGAACUUGAUUGUUUAUCAGAUUUAACUUUAAGAGAGUUAGUUUUUACAAAUAAUCCAAUUUGUCAAAUACCUAAUUAUAGAAUGGAAGUAGCAAGAAAAUUCCCAGAUUUAAAAUUUUUAGAUGGUAAGGAAAUUGGUCCAGAGGAUUUCCCUCCAAGUCCAAUUCCUCCAUUAAGACCAAAUUAUUGCGAUAGUCCGGAUAGACAACAAUUCGCAUAUAAAUUUUUGGAGAGAUUUUUCAAAAUAUUUGAUGGUACUAGAGAGGAUAUCAUUAAAGCUUAUACUGAUGAAUCCAAAUUCUCGAUGACCUAUGUAGCUGAUAGUGGGUCUCUCCCAAUGAGAGGUUCAAAUAAAGUCUACCAAAGAUCAAAUAGAAAUUUUAAGAAGCCAAUGGAUGCUGUUAAAAAAACCCAAUUAUUAUUUUCAGGAUAUGAUAAUAUAUAUAAUUUUUUCAAACUCUAUCCAAAAACACAACAUGCCUUGUCUUCAUCGAUUAUUGAUUCAUUUUUGGCUCCAGGAACUCAAUUAUUAACUGUUAUUAUACAUGGUCACUUCCUCGAACCAACCUUUAAUAUAAAGAGAUCUUUCGAUAGAACCUUUGUAUUGGCACCAGCACCACCAGGUUCUGAUGCCGCUAAAGGUGGAUGGGAAGCAAUUGUUUUAAAUGAACAGCUUAAUGUUAGACCAUACCUUAGACUUCCAAGAGUCGAGCCAGUAGUAUCUCAACCCUCUUCCGCUGAACAAGAAGCAAUUAUAAAUGAAUUUUCAGCCUACACUAAAUUAAAACCAGAAUUCGCAAAAGAAUGCCUAAAUAUGUCAGGUUGGGAUAAAAAUAAAGCAUUAGAAACAUUUAGUAAUCUUAAGGCCAAUAACCAAAUUCCUCAAGAUUAUCUCAUUCAAUAA